CCUCUGACGACCACGAUGUCGGCGGCGAUAUCCGUGUCAGCCGUGGUCCCGCCGGCGGCGGCCGUGGCGCGGGCGCGGACGCUGCUCUGCGUGCCCGCGACGGCGCGCGCGCCGCGGGAGAUGGCGGCGGAGGUGGCGGCUGCCGCCGCGCUCGGCGCCGACCUAGCGGAGCUCCGCCUCGACCGCCUGGCCGGGUUCGCCCCGCGCCGGGACCUGCCCGCGCUCCUCGCCAAGCCCCGCACGCUCCCCGCCCUAGUCACCUACAGGCCCAAAUGGGAAGGAGGCGAAUACGAAGGUGAGGAUGAACCGCGGUUCGAGGCGCUUCAAUUGGCAAUGGAACUCGGAGCUGAAUACGUCGAUAUUGAGCUCAAGGUCGCCGACAAAUUUAUAAAGUUCAUGUCUGGAAAGAAACCUGAAACUUGUAAGCUCAUCGUUUCAUCCCACAACUAUGAGAACACUCCGUCGGCGGAAGAGCUUGGAAAAUUGCUGGCUCAGAUACAAGCGACAGGAGCUGACAUUGUGAAAAUUGCAACCACUGCUACUGAAAUUGUUGAUGUGUCAAGAAUGUUUCAAAUACUCGUACACUGCCAAGAAAAACAGGUGCCGAUCAUAGGACUGGUGAUGAACGACAGAGGUUUUAUUUCUCGUGUUCUUUGCCCCAAAUUUGGCGGAUACCUUACUUUUGGCUCUCUUGAAAAAGGAAAAGAAUCUGCACCUGCACAGCCAACCGUUGCAGACCUGAUUAAUGUGUACAACAUCAGACAGAUAGGACCAGAUACUAAGGUGUUUGGUAUUAUUGGAAAGCCUGUUGGCCACAGUAAAAGCCCAAUUUUGCACAAUGAAGCUUUCAGAUCAGUUGGUUUGAAUGCUGUUUAUGUUCCAUUUUUGGUGGAUGACUUGGCUAAGUUUCUCCAUACCUACUCUUCUCCAGACUUUGCUGGCUUCAGUUGUACAAUUCCCCAUAAGGAAGAUGCAGUUAGGUGCUGUGAUGAGGUCGAUCCUAUUGCCAGGGAUAUUGGAGCUGUUAAUACAAUCAUUAGAAAACCUAAUGGGAAUCUUGUAGGCUACAAUACUGACUAUGUUGGUGCAAUUUCUGCCAUUGAGGAUGGAAUAAGAGCAACACAAUCAACACGUUCCACCACGUCACCACUGGCUGGAAGACUUUUUGUCGUUAUUGGGGCUGGUGGUGCAGGGAAGGCACUUGCUUAUGGUGCAAAAGAGAAGGGAGCAAGAGUUGUAAUAGCAAACCGUACUUUCGCACGUGCUCAAGAACUUGGCAACUUAAUUGGUGGGCCUGCUUUGACUCUUGCGGAGUUAGAAAACUACCAUCCGGAGGAAGGGAUGAUUCUUGCGAACACAACAGCAAUAGGAAUGCAUCCAAAUACCAAUGAUACUCCUCUAUCCAAGCAAGCGCUUAAAUCUUAUGCUGUUGUCUUCGAUGCGGUCUACACACCAAAAGAGACAAGACUUCUUAGAGAAGCUGCAGAAUGCGGAGCCACAGUUGUUAGCGGUUUGGAGAUGUUCAUAAGGCAAGCAGAGGGUCAAUUUGAGCAUUUCACGGGCAUGCCAGCUCCAGAUAGCUUGAUGCGUGAUAUUGUUCUGACAAAGACAUGAAAAGCGGUUGAUGGUAAAUUCCGAGCACUUGCAACUUCGUUGGAUAACCCUAGCACCAUGAAGGGAAAUGGUAGAGCAGCAGCCAAGUCUCGUUUGUGAGAGAUACAUCCUUGUCUGCUGGUUUUUGUAUCAGAUUUGGGUUCACCAGUCAGUUUGUGUAGAUUAUGAGAUGGCUUCAGAUUGAAAUUUUUGCAUUGUAUAGCUCAGUAUGGACGCACCAAAUUCAAGGAAGCUUUGCUUGCCAGACUCCA